AUGGCCGGAAUGCGCCGUGGCCAGGCGUUGGGCCUCGCCUGUGGAUUGGUCCUCAUCUAUUUCCUGUUCUUUGCUGGCUCCGACACGGAUUUUCGCAGAACCACCGAAGCAUCUUUGGCGCGACGUCGGGGCGUUUUGCGAGGCGACCUGUCCGACGCAGACUUGACUGCGCACACCAACCAAGAGCUCCAAAGGAUCCUGGACAAGCAGAGGCAGAUGUUCGACCCAUCGCCGGUGCAAGAGAGCGACCAAAGAUCCUGGGCCUCGAGCAUUGGGUCGGAAGAUGACGAGAUCAGUGUCGCAGGGAGGAAGACGAUGCCCAAGACAAAAGAGAAGCCGAAAUACCCUAUCAAUAAUGGUGCGACCCACGAAGUGGAUGACGAGGUAGCCUUAAACGCCGACAAAGUUGAAAAGCCCGAGGAUGAGGGCGAGAACAUGGCCAGAGAAGAGUUGCAAAGCAUCCUGAAGAAGAGUCCUAUCAUAAUCUUCUCCAAGUCCUACUGUCCAUACUCCAAGCGAGCCAAAGCUCUCCUGCUAGAGACAUAUGCCAUUUCACCUGCGCCAUAUGUGGUGGAACUUGACUUGAUGACCACAGCUGUUCCCAAGCCACAUGGUGACGAUGACGAAGACGAUACCCCUGCCCCUACUCUUGGUCGCAAAAUCCAAGAUCUCCUAGCCUCGUUGACAGGCCGAAGAACAGUUCCUAACAUCAUGAUCAACACCCAAAGUCUAGGUGGAAGCGAUGAUAUUGCACAGCUGCAUGCUGAGGGAAAGCUGGAAGAGGAGAUCAAGAGGAUGGGAGGAAAGAGGAUUGUUAGUGUCGAGAGGAAACAUGGUGAGACUUAG